AUGACUGCUAAGACUCCAAGAGCCCCUUUGACGCUCAGGGAGCUUUUGUUGAGCCGCAGAGCCGAGGAGUUGGCGCUGCUCCGUGAGCUCUCAGAUGCUUUGGUACGAAAUCUGCUGCCUGAGCACCUGUGGGACCAGCAGAUCACUCGCUGUGCCUUGAAUGAGAUUCUUGACUUAAAGGGUAAGGAAACUGCGAUGGCGGCAUUGAGGCGACACUUCCUACUGUGCCUGGCGGCGGCGCUACUGCGGCGGGGCACCGCCUUCCCCUCAGACGUCCUCUACCGCGUCCCCGAGGAGCAGCCUCCCAGCAAGCUGGUUGGCAGUCUGGCGGCGGACCUUGGCCUCCCGGACAGCGGGCACCUGUACAAGCUGCAGGUGGGCUCGCCCUAUCUGCGCGUGGACGGAAAGACGGGCGACACCUACACCACCGAGAUCCCCAUCGACCGCGAGACCCUCAGGGACUGCCGCGACAUUUUCGAGGACAAGUGCUACCUAGAGUUCGAGGUAUCCAUCACCGAUAUGGUGAAAGGCAACGGUUCGGGGCCGCGCCAGAUCGAGGGCCGCGUCGAGGUCCUGGACAUCAACGACAAUACGCCUCAGUUCUCCUCGCCCAUCCUCACGCUUUCCAUCCCGGAAAACAUCCACGUGGGCGCCCUCUUCUCCAUCCCCGUGGCCAGCGACCGCGACGCCGGCAACAACGGCGUGGCCGAGUACUCCCUGAGCACGGGGCCCGAAGCCGAGCGGCUCUUCGGACUGCGGGUGGCGCUGGACACGGAUGAGAAGCUGCCCCAGUUGGUGGUGAUGGGGAACCUGGACCGCGAGAAGAAGGACUCCUACGAUCUGAAUAUCAGCGUGGUGGACGGCGGGCGCCCGGCCAGGGCUGGCGGCGCCCUGCUCAGGGUGGUGGUCACCGACCAGAACGACAAUGCUCCAAAGUUCGAAAGGAGUCACUACGAGGCCGAGCUGGCGGAGAACAGCCCGCCGGGACACUCCGUGCUUCAGGUUAGCCCGAUGCAAGCGACAGUCUCGUAA